AGGGGAGCUUAGUUAAUCACACAGUCGCAUGUGUGCCGCAAAGAGGAGCAAUCGGCAAAACAAAGUGCUAGAAGCGUUUAAAAACAAUUCGUAUAGUAUAUCGGGAGCAAGUUCACAUUUGUAUUUCGGAAGUUUAUACUUAAUAAAACGGAUAAGGAAAUAGACACAGCCACACGUUGUUCAAAAGUGAAUUAAAAUGAAAACUUAUCAUACGUUGUGGUCGACCACUGUGCUUGUUUUUUUGUGUUUUUACACUGCACAGAUAUGGUCAGCAUAUUUGCCAAUCGUUGAAGAACAUAACCUAAAUAACUUGGAAGGAACAGAAAAACAAACAUAUCAACGUCGUUCAUUUACACAGAGUCCAGAAUAUCGAAGAAGCAGUACCAGCGAAGAGGCAGGAGCAGAGGACAACUAUAACGACCCGGACGCAGUGGUAGCAUCCAACACCGACACAGACACGAGCACAAAUGAGCAGACCUCGGCGAUGCUGCCCAAAUGGCGAUUAUUACCUCAUGGAUCAUACGAUAAAAACUAUGACGUAGUGCCUGGCAAGGCGCCAGUAGAUGCGGUGGCGUGGUCGUUCGAUCAGAGCAAUAGUUUUCAUGCGUACGAAAAUAGCUAUGCGUACGAUGCAUUUGAAGGUGACAGCGAUAUCGAAGCGGACGGCGACGGUGACGGCGACGGCGACGGCGAGGACGAGUUGAUUGCCGAAGAGAAAACAAAUGCAGAAAUAUUGAGCCGCAAGCGACGUGGGUUCGAUGAUUGGUUCAUAGCGCCCCAUACACGCUGGUGUGGGCGUGGCAAUUCAGCCAACAAUACAUACAACCAACUAGGUGGCGCCUCAGAUGCCGAUAGAUGUUGCCGCCGGCAUGACCACUGUCCUCUAUUUAUAUCGGCUUUCAGUAGCCGCUAUGAAUAUUUCAACUUUCGUCCAUACACCCUGUCCCACUGCAGUUGUGAUCGAAGUUUCCGUACCUGCUUGAAAAUGAACAACGAUGACGCGUCGACUACCAUCGGACAACUCUUCUUCAACAUGGUGCCAUCACAAUGCUUUAUAGUACGCAAAGAACGCCAGUGCCAGCAACGUGAUGAGGAGGGAAACUGUGUGAAGGAGACAACGCGAAAACGGGCCUUUGUGCGGGACAACCUUAAGUAUUAAAUAAUACCAAAGUACAUGCGCUUGAGAAGCAGAGACUCAAAAAGGAAUAAAUAAACGAGACUGACUGGCAAGUGGCAGGGAGUAGCAGAGUCGCUAAUUAUGCCUUAAGAAGCUAAUAAAAUGCAAGUGCGAGAAAGAUCGAGAAAAUAUUUUUGAACUACAGAAUAAUGUGGCUGGCCAAGAACGGCGCGCAUAAAUACAUAUGUAUAUACAUAUAUGUAUGGCAUUGGGGUGGUCGAACAUUUUUUUUUCCUGCUACCGGAACUCAAGAAUAUCGAAAAUGAGGAGAUCCGUAUAUAUAUUUUUGUAUAUCUAUUAUAAAGAAAAAAAUAUCUUCAAACGAUAAAAUGACGCAUACAUCCAUAUGCAUUUCAAAAUAAAAAAAUACGGGUGUCCUUAUUUUCCCUUUUCUAUAAUACCGGUGGUUGGCAGCAAGAAAAUGCCAAAAAGUUGAUUUUCCUGUGCGUUUUGGAAGCUUCCUAAUGUACAUACUUACAUACAUAUGUAUGUAUGCACAGUUGCGGUCAAAAAGAUAGUAGCAAAAUGCAAAAUGAUAUUGUUUGCAACUUAUGUUUAUUUAUUUAUUUUUAA